AUGGUGAAGAACCACACUCAAGUCACCUGGUUCCUCCUGCUGGGGCUCACGGAACAAGAAGAGCUCAAGGGCAUCCUCUUUGUGCUCUUCCUGCUCAUCUACUCAAUCACCCUCAUGGGCAACCUGGGUGUAAUCAUCCUGAUCCACACAGACCCGCAGCUCCACACACCCAUGUACUUCUUCCUGAGUGUCCUCUCCUUCAUAGACUCCUCCUUUUCCACAGUGGACACACCCAGGCUGCUGGAGAGCUUCCUGACUGCAGGCCAGUCCAUCUCCUUCACAGGCUGUGCAAUCCAGAUGGCCCUCAUGACUCUCCAUGGCACUGCUGAGUGUCUGCUCUUGGCCAUCAUGGCCUAUGACCGAUUUGCUGCCAUCUGCCACCCUCUCCUCUACCACACCGUCAUGUCCCAACAUCUGUGUGUCCUGCUGGUGGUAGCCACCUAUGCUUCUUCUGUUGCCAACUCAGCUUUGUUAACAGGGUACGUCUUCAAGCUGCCUUAUUGUGGCCCUAAUGUCAUUAAUCACUAUUUCUGUGAUAUCCCCCCUGUACUCCUUCUUGCGGUCUCCUAUGCCUACAUACUAGUGACUGUCUGCCGGAUGCAUUCCCUGGAGGCCCAGAACAAAGCGCUGUCCACCUGUGCCUCUCACCUCACCACCAUCUGCCUCUUCUAUGGCACCAUCACCUUCAUGUAUGCUCAGCCAAGCUCUCACAAUCCCAUGGGACAAAACAAGGUUGUGUCUGUCUUCUACACUGUUGUCAUCCCCAUGCUGAACCCUCUCAUCUACAGCCUAAGGAAUAAAGAUGUGAAAGCUGCUUUAAAGAGAAGAUGUCUUAGGAAGCUGCCUUCCUAA